CACACACACACACUUGAAUGCAUAGUCAAGUCACACAUGCGUGGUAAAGCCUGUGCAGUCUCUCAUACGCACCCACACGAAUACAGACACACCGUGCAUGCAAACGGCGGUAACAAGGCAGAGAAAGCACGAGGAGGUACAAGGCUGCAGUCUGAAUGGAAAGCUCCAAGCAGAGCCCGAUUUAUUGUGUGUCGGUGCGUCAACGUCUCAUUCAGUCAGACCUCCCAACUUCAACUGGAUCUCCUGUAUUACGUUUAUUUUGAGAACUCGUCCAGUAACCCACUGCUGAUCAGGAGGAUAGAGGAGUUGAACAAGACAGCCAAUGGGAACGUGGAGGCCAAAGUGGUGUGUUUUUACCGGCGCAGGGACAUCUCCGGCACACUCAUCGCCCUGGCAGACAAACACGCAAGGGAGCUGGAGGAGGAGAUGGAGAAUCCAGAGAUGGCCGACCUCCCUGAGAAACAGAAACACCAGCUCAGACACAGAGAGCUCUUCUUGUCCCGCCAACUGGAGUCUUUACCCGCCACACACAUCAGGGGGAAGUGCUGUGUGACUUUGCUGAACGAGACGGAAGCCCUGAAGUCUUACCUGGAGAGAGAGGAUGCCUUUUUCUACUCGCUGGUAUACGACCCUCAGCAAAAGACUCUGCUGGCAGAUAAGGGGGAGAUCCGCGUCGGGAACAAAUACCAGGCCGACAUCACCGACCUCCUGAAAGAAGACGAGGGCGAUGGCAGAGACUUGGAGAAACUCGAGGAGAAGGUCUUUGACCCCAACAGCUCACUGACCGAGAAACAGAUUGACCAGUUCUUAGUAGUUGCUCGGUCAGUAGGUACAUUCGCCAGAGCCUUGGACUGCAGUAGUUCUGUCCGGCAGCCCAGUCUGCACAUGAGUGCUGCUGCAGCCUCCAGAGACAUCACCUUGUUUCACGCCAUGGACACCCUCCAUGCCACGGGCUACGACAUGACCCGAGCCAUCGCAGCGCUGGUACCCCAGGGUGGGCCCGUCCUCUGCAGGGAUGAAAUGGAGGAGUGGAGCGCCUCGGAGGCCAACCUGUUUGAGGAGGCGCUCGAGAAAUACGGGAAAGACUUCACCGACAUCCAACAGGACUUUCUGCCGUGGAAGUCCCUGACGAGUAUUAUUGAGUAUUACUACAUGUGGAAGACCACAGACAGAUAUGUACAGCAGAAACGAUUAAAAGCAGCCGAGGCAGAAAGCAAGUUGAAGCAGGUCUACAUCCCGAACUAUAACAAGCCGAACCCCAACCAGCUGAGUAACAAUGUAAAACCAGCUCUGGUGAAUGGAGCGGCAGUUGCAGGGGUCCCGGGGAUCGCAGGGGUCCUAGGGGUCCUAGGGAUCCCAGGACCUCCAGGCGUCCCAGGCGUCCCAGGCGUUCCAGGAGUCCCAGGCAUUCCAGGAGCCCCAGGCGUCCCGGGUGUCCCAGGUGUCCCAGGUGCCCCGGGCUCGGCGCAGGUCCCUGCCCUCGGAAGAGCCUGCGAAAGCUGCUACACCAGCAGCUCCUACCAGUGGUACUCAUGGGGACCUCCAAACAUGCAAUGUCGCCUGUGCGCUUCAUGCUGGACCUACUGGAAGAAGUACGGAGGGCUGAAGAUGCCCACAAGAUUGGAUGGAGAGCGGCCUGGACCCAACCGCAGCAGCAUGAGCCCCCACGGCCUGCCCCUGCGGCACAGCGGCAGCCCCAAAUUCGCAGUGAAGACGAAACAGGCUUUCUUCCUGCAGAGCACUGGCCUGACGCAGAUGGCACGUCGCCUGUGCCACGAGAUCAUCAGGCCGCGGUAUCUAGCCAGGCACCCCUACCUCCCCGUCAACAUGGCCGCCAUUAAGGCAGAGUGUGCCCUGCGGUUGCCAGAUGUGGCAAAAAAGCAGUCGCCACUGAAAGCUGUGGAACGUAAACCUCUGGAGUCUGUGGUUCGGUAUUUAGAAGCACACCCCCGUCCAGCCAAACCCAACCCUCCGCCUCGUGGGGCGUCCAUCUCCACAGGCAGCCUGACGCCCAUUAAGUCCUCCCCCAUCCUCAACAACGGCUCCCCCACCAUCCUGGGCAAACGCAGCUACGAACAGCACAACGGGCUGGAUGGCUCUAAAUCCAAAAUCCUGGCUCCACAGUGGGACAUCAUGGCCAAGCGUCUGAGCGAAGCCGGGCGGCCCUCGGUCUCCAUGCAGGACGAGGUACAUGAACUGGACUGAGCGCUCUGUGGGAACACAAACUACAAACCCCAGUGAGCAGAGGGUGACAUGAAAUGGAAAGGCACUUUCCAACAAACCAUCGGCGAGUGCAGCGGAGGAGACGCCAGCGUUGCUCACCUUUCUGGAGUCGGCGUGGGUCCGUCGCGCUGCUGGAGACCAACCGGCAGUCGAUCACUUUGGCUGUGGUCGAUGAGAAGACGAGCCUGACUGUACAGGACUGUGUUUAUUACUUACAUUUCUCGUUAUUACUGUCAUUGUAAUUAUUGUUAUUGUUAUUAUAAUUUUUUUUACCAACUAUAACUCCGCUUAUUGUUUGUCGAUCAAACGAUGGAACUGGUGAAGUUUCAUGAGACCUGCUUGCAGAGCCCUGUGGAGGAGGGUGGAAGGACUGUAACAUAAGCCACUUGCAUCUUCUAUUUGUGUUUUUUUUGUUUGUUUUUUAACAAAUUAAAUUCAACAAGGAGACCGACUUUUAUUUCAGCGCCACAAGUUAACUCCUUGUCUUUUUGUUUUUCGAUGAAUUUGAAUGCUUUUCGAGGAAUCUUCUGUUUUGUGAGCCGGCCCCGCUCUUCGGCCAGAGAGGUUUAACUUAUUGAGAAAGACUUGCUGUUUUUUCUACCUUUUUCACAAGUAAUGCAUCAAUGCUUAGAUAAUGUAAUUAAAAAAAGAGACUUGAU